GCUGGCUCUCAGACUUCUCAUCUCCAUACAGUCAGAGUGAACUGCGGGGGCAGACGGAGCGGAUCGCUGAAGUCCUCGACAGCGGAAAGAGCCUCAAAUAAGGAUUUCUGUAUCGAGCUGUAUCGACUCACAACUCCCGCUUUUGUUUCAUUUUCGCCUACUUCGUUUUGGAGCCUGUCAAACGGAACUUUUUCGCUUCUCUGGAGUUUUGGACGGCCGUUUAUUCAGAUAUGGACAGCCUGCGACCCGCUACAGGGAGCGACUGGCCGGUUCUCACUCAGUUGUCACGGGAAUAAAACAGUAAAACUCGCCGUCGAGGACUUCACUGGAUGUUUGAUGAAGCACUUCGUAAUUUUGGUUAGUUCUGGGACGCCGUGGAUUUACCAGGUUCGGGAACGGAUAGAUACUCGCGAUUCCCGGUCGACGAUAAGAAGGAUUUACGCUUCUAAAGUUGCAGGAAAAACAUGGAGACUGUAAGUCGGCAGAGCUUCCAGCCUCAUCCGGGACUGCAACAAACUCUCAAGCAGUUUCACCUCAGCUCUAUGAGCUCUCUGGGCGGACCGGCGGCUUUCUCUGCCCGGUGGCAACAUGAGCUCCUCUUCAAGAAGGACGGUAAGGAGCCCGAGCCGGUUCUGCAGCAUCUGCCGCCGCCGGUGAUGCCGGGCCCGCUGUUCAUCCCGUCGGACCGCUCCACGGAGAGGUGCGAGACGGUGCUGGAAGGCGAGACCAUCUCGUGCUUUGUGGUCGGCGGGGAGAAACGACUGUGCCUGCCGCAGAUCCUCAACACGGUGCUGCGGGACUUCACCCUGCAGCAGAUCAACUCAGUGUGCGACGAGCUGCACAUCUACUGCUCGCGGUGCACGGCGGACCAGCUGGAGAUCCUCAAAGUCAUGGGGAUCCUGCCCUUUUCGGCGCCAUCCUGUGGCCUCAUCACCAAGACGGACGCCGAGCGGCUAUGCAACGCCCUGAUCUACGGAGGAGCCUAUCCGCCACGCUGCAAGAAGGAAUUGAGCGGAGGCUCGCUUGAGCUGGAGCUCACCGAGAGGAGCUUCAAAGUCUACCACGAGUGCUUCGGGAAGUGCAAGGGCUUGUUCGUGCCUGAGCUGUACACCAGCCCCAACGCUGCGUGCAUCCAGUGCAUGGACUGUAGACUCAUGUACCCUACCCACAAGUUCGUGGUGCACAGUCACAAGGCGCAGGAGAACAGGACUUGCCAUUGGGGCUUCGACUCGGCCAAUUGGAGGGCGUACAUUCUCCUGGGUCAGGAUUACACGGGGAAAGAGGAGAAGGCCCGUCUAGAGCAGCUCCUUGACGAGAUCAAGGAGAAAUUUGACUUCGCCAACAAGUACAAGAGGAAAGCAUCAUCGAGGGUGUCUGAUCCCAUCCCGAUCAAAAAGUCCAAACAUGAAGACUACCCAUCGCAAUCCCCACUGGCCGACAAAGAGAAACAGCACGACUGGCUACAGUCCCUGUCUGCCUCCAAUAAGGGGCUUAACUGCAUUCAACCCAGGCAGAGGCCAUCAGCUUUCAGACCCUGGUCUCCCCACAUCUCUGCUGGUGAUAAGGAGCCCUCCAGCCACCCCCUGGCCCUGCUGAGAGACAGCUUCUACAACUACAAGAGCCUGGAGAAAGCAGUUGCCCCCAAUGUCGCCCUCACACCGCUGCCCCUGGUAAAGGUUGGUCCCAUGUCCCCUUCAGUACCCAGCACCUCCCACCCAAGUGCUGGUGAACCCCCAGGUGAGGGUGCCAACUCCAGGCCACGCAAGAGAAGAGCCACAGAGGAGCUCCCACCCCCAACGCCAGAGGCCCCCUGCCCUCCAUCCUCAGCUGCCAGCAAGCCACCACCACCUCAGGAAGACAAAGACUCUGAGGUGGAAAUCGAAGUUGAGAGCCGUGAUGAUUUCACCUCGUCCCUGUCCUCCCUAUCGUCACCAUCUUUCACUUCGUCCAGCAGCUCAGCCAAGGACUUGAGCUCGCCGUGCGCCCAUGGGCCCAUCUGCACUGUAACGUCAGCCGAGGGCACCACACCUGCAGCAGCAACCGUCGCAGCCCCCGUGACCCCUCCAGAACUGGGUCUGGAAUCAGAGCUGGAGAGCCUGAGACAGGCACUGGAGAGCGGACUGGACUCCAAAGAGUCAAAGGAAAAGUUUCUGCACGAGAUUGUUAAAAUGAGAGUGAAGCAGGAAGAGAAGUUGGGUUCUGCCCUGCAGGCCAAACGCAGCCUCCAGCAGGAGUUGGAAUUCUUGAGAGUGGCCAAAAAGGAGAAGCUACGGGAGGCAACCGAAGCGAAGCGAAACCUGAGGAAGGAAAUCGAGCGUCUGCGAGCCGAAAGCGAGAAGAAGAUGAAGGAAGCCAACGAAUCCCGGAUUCGUUUGAAGCGGGAACUUGAGCAGGCCCGACAGCUGAGGGUCUGUGAUAAAGGAUGUGAGGCCGGACGUCUUCGUGCAAAAUACUCUGCACAGAUCGAAGACCUCCAGAUGAAGCUGCAGCAUGCUGAGGCCGACCGCGAGCAGCUCCGAGCUGACCUGCUGCAAGAACGGGAGGCCAGGGAGCACCUGGAGAGGGUGGUGAAGGAGCUACAGCAGCAACUCUGGCCCAAAUCCAACAGUGAGAAGGAGGGGACGCUUAAGGACACGCCAGCGGACAAGUAACCCAGCAGCCAAUCCUCACCGUCAAAACCCGACAUCACCAUGAUCCCCAACAUCUUACACACAACUCAGACCAUAAACAUUCUCAGGAGUCCUGGGCCGACCACACUGCACCACUGUCCAUCACGUUCUCUGCCCGACACAGAAAAAUAAAAGACUCGAUCUCUGACCAGAGAGAAGAAAAUCAAAUAAGUGGUUUCCCUGGAGAAUGGCUGGGAGCAGUAAGGAGACAUGUUGCUAAACCAAGCACUGACUUGCAACUUCCAAACUCACAGAACUGAAAACUGGAUCACAGGACUGAAAUAAAAACAUAUUGCACAAAAUGCAUUUAUACCUGGAUUUACUCCAACAAGAUAACAGGGUGAGACUUUGGGACAGAUGUCUCUGAUAAUAAAUACUGAACGAUGAUGAUAUCGCAGCUAAACAGCAGUUGGGAGGUGUUAUAGUGGUGUGGCCACGUGGUCAGGUCUCACAUGUAACACCUAAAGGUCUCCACCCAGAUCCCUUGCCAUGACAAAGAUGGAGGAUUUUGAACACAUCAUAAGCUAUUUAAGAGACUACAUAGCGAUAUGUAAAAAAAAAAAAAAAAAGAAAAGUUUUCUUUGUGCUAUUGGACUUUGAAAAUAUAAAAGAUACAAAUAAAUUAGAAGAACAAAACAAGCAAAUGAACUCUCCACAGUGCCACCGUGGCUUUGUUGGUUUUUCAGGAGGCCAUUGCAGUCCACUGAGCGGAAACCAUCGAGCUCGAAGUUCAAGCCACCUGUCUUUUCUUUAUGUUGUUGUUUUAUAAAAUCACUUAUUUCUCAUUUCUAAACACAGUGGGUGGGCUUCAGUUGAUCUUUUUCUCUCUUUGGAUUGGGAAUUGGAAAUAGGAACAUGCUGUGUUAAAGUCACCUUUUCAGUGAGCUCUUGUUUGGGAUGAUACCCAACAAUCAGCAUCCCAAUGUUGCUCACACACACACACACACACACACACACACACACACACACACACACACACACACACAUACACAAACACACACACACACAGGGGCUGCCAUAUGUUAAGCAUUGGGGUCAAAACCCUGAAGUUUUUGUCUUCUAAAGAUGAAAUACUCCGGAUGUGUGUGGCCUUGUUUUUUCUCAUCUUGUCACGUUUUGAGUGAUGAAAGCAGGUAUGUUUUAACUCCAUGUAUGAAAUCACAGUGGGCUGGAUGGGUCACCCUUGGCAAGAACCACAAAAUGUUCAUUUUAAUUAAAUUAAGGUAUGUAAAUAUAAAUAUAUGUUGUUUUUUUUAACUUUACAAUAAUGAAUCGCACUUUGUCAUAACAAGAUACUGUUAUAAUGCAUUGUACUCCCACUAUUGUCUUCAAUCUUACUUUGAAAACAUCAACUUAUACAUGAUUGCUACCAUAUAAAUCCAUUAAGCAUUUUGUUGAUUAUAUGCAUCUUGAUAAAUACUGUUGUUCUGUUUUCUUAAGACAAAGUAUUGUAAAUAAAGAGAAAGAAAAAAAGGCUCCACCUGUUGCUUGCUGAUGCACUCUGGGAUUGUUAGAAAGUUUUGGGCAACGCAUUUUCCUGUUUUUGUAAAAUAAUUGACACAGAAGUCACCAGAGUACCUGGUUACUGUUCAUAAUCAAUUUGACAAAUCUUGGUUAACAACUUGCUUCAGUAAUUGUUCCAGGAGCCAGAACAAACAGUCACAUUUUUGAGGAAUAAAAUCCACUUUUAUUCCAAAGGCAGAGGCCAUAACCCUGCUAUCACAUAGUGGGUACAAUGCUAUCAUGAUGUACAUUGUGUUAAUGCUAUUUUCCUUUGGUUGUUGAUGUUGUUUUAAAUGUGGAGAUAUUUUAUUGCUCGUCUGUUAUGUUCACUUUCUUCAAUAGAAAACUCAUUUUCUUUAUGCAUGAAAAUUAAGAUACAUGAACUUUGCCAUACAUAUAGUCAGUUAUUGGGCAUUGAUACUGUACAUGUAAGGGUUUUUAUUGUGUUAUGCAAUAUAAAGCAAUUUGUCUUAUUUAGAAGAGGUAAAAGAGUCAAGAAAGCAACACACAGUAUGUUGUUCCUAAGAAAAUAAAGACUUCACACUGGCAAAAAAACAAAACACAGCAAAAAAAAAAAAAAAAAGACAAUUUUUGUAAAUGCAAUGCUGGACAACCUCAAGUGCCUAGAGGAGGGCAAAAGGUUUCCAGAAUAGGAAAACUGAUGAUGAAGCUGUUGGGGCUGGGCCUCUCAUCAACUUCCUUUCCUUUUUAAAUUUAAGGCACACACACACACACACACAUCAGUAUUCCAAAUACCAACCAGUUUACAAACUUUUUUUCUUUUUCAAUGCAGAGAACAAUUGAACAAAUGCUAGAUGCUUAAGGCUUUUGUUUCUAAAUAAGUGUUUUUUUUUCUUCAUUUGAUAUCAACGAUAUGCAUGUUAAACCAAUUUUUAUAGAAGACCUUGAAAAGCCACUUGCUUUCGGCGAAUUGUUACUUUGGGUUGUAUAUAAAGACUUAACUGUUUAUUCCCACUUUGUCGACUUGUCCUGAGGCAGACAUGUCGAGGAGAAUAAAGAGGGCAUUAUGGUAAAAGCCCCUGUCUUAUCUAACAUUGCUGAUGUUGCUCAGAGAACGACACUGCGUCUGCAGCUUUGGCAGAACUAAAAUUGGUACAUUUUGUAGUUGUUUUUACACUCUAAAGAGUUGAUAGCCUAUGUGUACUUCACUUGACUUGUGGUUUUUCUACAAAAGAAAGGAGACAAAACAACAUUGGCUCUUCACUCUCCCACACGAAAUGAAAAAAAAGCUGUUGGACAAAGUCUUGUUUUCUAAAGAGGAAUCAUUUUGCUAAAUAAUGGACAGUAAAGCAGCAAUAACAGUCCAUAUUAAAAGACGAAUACUAGCCAUUGUGAAGAUUUGAAUAAGAAUUUACAAAUGUAAAUAUUUUUUUUCCAUUUACGAUAUUGUAUAAUAUAUGUACAUGGUGUUUCCUUUUUCAAAAAGAAAUCUUUUCUUACAAUAGCCGUCUUGUUUUUGUUGUUUUUUUUUAAUUUGUGUUUUAACUGAGAUGUUUCAAAAAUGCAGUGCGUAAGAGAAUAUACCCUUCAUAAACAUGUUAAUCAAUUUCUUUUCUUUUUUUUUUUUUACUGUAGACUCUUUAUAAUGAAUGACUUUUUUCACCAGUUCAUAUAUAUUUUUAACAGCGUGUUCAGUAUCAGAUAGCAAACCUGCAGUAUGAUGGGUCCUACACACACACACUGACUACUCCACCUUGCAGAUUGUUUCCCCUUCAUCCUCAUGUAUCUUUUUAGCCCUGUGCUGCUGCUAAUACUAUGUAAACCUUACAAGUCUAGACAUAUUUUUUAUGUAAGAGGUAAACGUAAGCUUUCCCAUUUAUUAAUGCCACAUAUACAGUAUGAAUCAAAGCUUUGCGUAUUCAUCUUGUUUCCCUCAUCGUUUCACGCCUUUUUCCUCAUCCCUCCUACAACAACACCCCUACCUUUCUCUCACGACACGGACUAUAUUGUAAAGUAAAGGACUUUAUGAGAUUAUGUUUGAAAAUAGCUAUGCUUAUAUACUACAGUGACUGAAUGUACAGUGUAUAGAUGCAUUACCAGAAAUAAAGUUGUUUGUCCAGA